GUUAACUGAGAGGGGGAACUCAAUCUGUGUGUGGGGGUUGUACUAGAGACUAAAAACCAGCCUUUGAGCAGCUGCAUUCUGUUUCCAUCUGUGCAAAGACAACAAAGAAACAGCUUUCUUUUAGGAGGGGAAAAUGCGUUUGUGCAGCUGCUUUGGCGUCUGCCUGUUUAUCCUCCACUGCAUCCCAGUUUCCGCAGCUCCAAUUGAAGCCCCUGUAAUCAUUGAUGGCCAAGCUCUCUCUGCCACAGAAGCCAUGGUGUGGUGGCGUCCUCUCUCACAGAGCAAUGUAGAGGGGUACAAGGUGAAGUACUGGAGGGAUAAUGAAGACCGGGAUGUGUUGGUCCACCUGGUAGAAGUACGUGGCUUGCAGAACCAAACCAGGCUGGAAGGUAUGAAGGCCAACUCCCGCUACUUUAUUGAGGUUCAGGGCUUCAGCUCUGAGGGAUAUGGGCCGUCCAGCGAGCGCCUCCAGAUCCACACCAAGAAAGCCCCUCCAAGCCAACCCCCCAUAAUAACUCGUCAUGAAUUAAAAGCCAAUACAGUAUACAUUGCCUGGGAAAUUGAGGAACCACUGGCUGACGAAGCAAACAUAAAUGGUUUCAAAGUGUUGUACAGGCAGCAGGACCUCUCCUUAGGCACUCUGUUCACAACUAGUAAACGGUACAUAGAACUUCCCCUGAUAGAAAAUGGGAGCUAUGUGGUGGAGAUCUCGGCACACACAGACGAGGGAGACGGGCCUAAAGCACAAAUCCAUGCAGCUCCAAUUGAAGCCCCUGUAAUCAUUGAUGGCCAAGCUCUCUCUGCCACAGAAGCCAUGGUGUGGUGGCGUCCUCUCUCACAGAGCAAUGUAGAGGGGUACAAGGUGAAGUAUUGGAGGGACAAUGAAGACCGGGAUGGGUUGUUCCAGCUGGUAGAGGUACGUGGCAUGCAGAACCAAACCAAGCUGGACGGUCUGAAGGCCAACUCCCGCUACUUCAUCGAGGUUCAGGGCUUCAGCUCUGAAGGAUAUGGGCCGUCCAGCGAGCGCCUCCAGAUCCACACCAAGAAAGCCCCUCCAAGCCAACCCCCCAUAAUAACACGUCAUGAAUUAAAAGCCAAUACAGUAUACAUUGCCUGGGAAACUGAGGAACCACUGGCUGACGAGGCAAACAUAAAUGGUUUCAAAGUGUUGUACAGGCAGCACGGCCACUCCUCAGGCACUCUGUAUACAACCAGUAAACGGUACAUAGAACUUCCCCUGAUAGAAAAUGAGAGCUAUAUGGUGGAGAUCUUGGCACACACAGACGAGGGAGACGGGCCUAAAGCACAAAUCCAAUCCACAGACCUAGGGAUUUAGGCCCCAGGGGAUAUCAGAUCCAAGACACCAUGGAGGGGGCUUUCAAGGUGCAGGCGUCAUGGCCACCCAAUCUUUCAGCAUACUCUCUCUGCUUCUGUUGGCUCUCCUCUGCCUUAACCUCCAAAUGUAGUGCUUUGUCUUUGGCUUUUUUCCCAUGAAGGAGGCUAUUUGGUUGACACCUAUGAGGACUUUGGGACUCUUUCCACAAACACUUGAUUCCACUCUAUAACCUGGGACAUCAUAUUCAAGCUUUUCCCAUCUGUAAUAUGUUUGUGAAGGAAAUUGACAAAGACAUCCCUUAAUUAUCCACAAAAGCCUCUUUGGAGGAGUGUCAAAUGAGUUCUGUCAACAAUUGUUCUGAUGCUUACCUUUCUCAGUAACCUUUUUAAAUCAAUCACAGAAGUCUGAACAAUACACUUUGCUUAGGUUGACUUUUAAGUCUUUCUACAUCAUGAAGUCAGACUUUCUGAGAUGCUGUGUGUUCAGAAAUGUAGGCUUCAUCUGAUCUACGAUAUUUUGGAAAAUCCAUCCUACAGUGUGUUCCAUAGUAUACGGGAAACAAGUGGCUGUAAAGGAUAAGUGUAUGAGUUUAUAAAAAAAUGUCUUUAUCUUUCUUUAUCUGCAGUUCAGUGGCAUUGUUUUCUAUUUUCUUCUUUAAAUGAAGCACACCCUUUUUUUUUAUAAAUAUGCAGUGAAAACAACUCUCACAAGCAUCUCACCUUCAUGUUUUUAAUUUUAUGUAAAACUACAUCAUAAAGGAAAGAGUGAUUCAUGCCGUUA